AGUUGCCAUGACAGUUGUUGAUUGAAAGAAGAAAAUCCGCUCUAGCGCCCAUUGCGGCAAAUUAUGAGAAUGCAGCGCAUACUUGCGUUGGUUAUUGAAUUGAGCGCUGACACAUUUCGCAACGCAACAAUGCGUGAAAUCGAGCUUAUGUAGCAAGGUGCGUGUUAGGAAUUUUUCAGGAUUGGCCCCUAAGUAUCAAGUCAGGUCUGCAGUCUCUGUCUCGAUCCGGAUCCUCAUGAGGGGAGAAAUGACACAGAUACUAAAAAGGUGAAGCACUGAAGCUGUGAACACAACCCUCAUUCAACUCAUGAAGAAUGGAUGCCUUCAAGAUUAUGACAAUCCUGCAAAUGAUCUGUCUGUCUGGCUGUCAAGAUUAUGAUAAUCUCAUGUCUGCAGAGCUUCCAAAUGUCACGGUGAAUGUGAAACUUGUGUCACAACCGGAUGAGCGUUCGGGGUCAUGCUCAUGGACCCUCAGCUCCUCUGAUAACAAGACAUCACUGAUAGUGAUGGAGGACGUUCACAGUCUCUUCUCACAGAUCUGUGUGUCUCUGGGAUGUGGAGAUGAGUAUAAAACAAAGGACAGUAAUGUAGUGCUCAACAGUAGCUGUCUCACCGGCUGCUUGUACCUCAACUCUCAACUGAUCAACUGCACUGAGACUGUGAGAAAUGACUGCAAGACACUCUCUGAGGUUAUCUGUGGUUCUCCAUAUGUGGCUCGGGCAUCUAGCACAUGUUCCUGGACUAUUAAAUCUCCAGACAGGAUUUCCUCUUUGAUUGUGACUGAAGACGUCGCUGAGAGUGUGUCCAGUGACAUAUGCCAUCAGCUCGGCUGUGGACUGGUCUAUAAUCUCACUCAGAGCAGAGCCGGAUCAAACGAGACCUGUCUCACAAACUGUGUUUAUCACAACAAUCAUUUAAAGAACUGCACUGAGGUCAACAGCUCUAAUUGCUCAGUCCUCUCCGAAGUAAAAUGCGGGGACGGUGUUCGAUUGGUUGGUGGUGGUCAUCGCUGUGGUGGGCGUGUGGAGGUGUGGCGAGGGUCCUGGGGCACAGUGUGUGAUGACGGGUGGGGUAUGGAGGAAGCAGAUGUGGUGUGUGCGCAGCUGGACUGUGGGUACGCGGUGUCUGUGAGUGUGCAGGGUGAGCCGUACGGUCAGGGCACAGGUCUCAUACACCUGGAUGAGCUGAACUGCACUGGAACAGAGAAGAGCUUGUGGGAAUGUCCAGCACUUACACACCUGCAUGACUGUGGCCAUAAAGAGGAUGCGGGGGUUGUGUGCUCAGAGUACAAGGCUCUGAGAUUGACGGGCGGUUUGGACCGCUGCUCUGGGAGAGUGGAGAUCCAUCGGAACGGCUCCUGGGGGACAGUGUGUGACACGUGCUGGGGGAAGGAAGAGGGAGCGAUGGCCUGUGACAUGCUGAAUUGCGGAGGGGUGAAAAAACACUCUGCAUUUGACAUCCCUUUCAAACAUAAAAAUGCAACUCUCUGGUAUUUUUAUUGUAAAUCAAGUACUAAAAACCUGUGGCAGUGUAUGGAGUACCGCAACGUCCAUCAUAUGUGCACGGAGACAAAAGCCGCUGGACUAAUUUGCAACAAUUCUCUUGGUUUGCCUGUUCCCACCAGUCCACAAACAACAACAGCACCAGCAACCACUGUGACAAUGACAGUGGAGGAUUUCCCCAGAUUCAUCUUGUCUCCAGAGUUACUGGGCUGUUUUGUUCUGGCCUUCUCUCUUUUGAUUGCAGUUAUCACAAAUAUCAUCCUGUGUCAACACCAUAAAAAGAAGAAAGCUUUGAAGGUCCAGCAGAAAUUUGCAAACCUGCAGAGCAGCACAGAAGCCGAGGAGAAUAACUACAGAGAAUCCAUCCAUCUCGUCAAAGUCACAAACAACUGCAUUCCCACAGUUCCUCAGCUUAUAUGGCCUCAGAGUAGCAUUGAGAGCGGAUCAUAUGACACAGACUAUGAGCAAAAUGAUAUCAGUCCAGAGGCGGCUUUUCCUUUAUCCACUUUUCGAAACUCAAUGCGGUACAGUGCAGAUGGCAAAGCUCCUGUUGUGAAGGCCACAAACCUGAACAGUGUUACUGAAGAGACUGUCCCUGAUGAGGUCAAAAUUAGAGGAUACCAACAAAACUGUGCCACUUCCUUUGAUCAUAACCAGAUGCGUGUCUCUGCUGCAAGUGUGGACUCGUUCGAGUCGUCCUGCACCUCAUCAGGAGAAUGUUAUGAGAACAGUUGCACAAACACACAGGAUCGGUGCUCGCUGGAGUUGGCAGAAUGUUAUGAGAACAUAGGAGAAAAUCGAGAUGGAAAGACUGCAGAUAUGUUCCACCAAGACAACAAAAUCCACAUUAAUGAAGAUUUCCUAAAGCUGAAGUCUGGAAAACCAGUCCAGGGUCACAUCACAGAUCUUCCCUUCCAGGACCAAGAGCAUGAUAAUGGGGGUGUCAGUAGAGAAGACUCCCCGCUGUAUUCACCCGUCAGCUAUGAUCAUGACGCCGUCUCCUGUGAAAGUGAAUAUGAUGACAUUGGCAACUACCUACAGCAACCAAUGACAUCAGCCUGAGUGGCUCAGAGACUGUGAUGUCAUAGCGGUCCUAUUUACACUCAGAAACAUUCAUACCUUUUACAUCGUCAUAGCUGAGAACCAUUUCAUACUAUUCUUCUGUCAAACAUUUCAAUGUUUUGUCCAUUUGUGCAUGCUUCAAAAUAAUUAUAGAUAUAUUACUGCAGAAUGCUACAAAUGACAGGACUGAAGGCUGUGAGAUAUCGGACCACUUUAACAUGUUUUUAAUACUGCUUUUUUAUUUGAAACUGUAAUUUCACUGUUAUUGUUGAAAGGAAAGACAUAAAUAUCUUUACUAAGUUCAUUAUUCUAUUAUAAAAAGGACAAUUCUUCCAUAU